AUGGCACAGCGAAAUCGGAGCGUACUGUCUGGUAAAAAGACACAAAGUAAGCACGGCUAUGUGGAAAGGUUCUUUCGAGUGACCCCAACAAGGAAUGCCGUUUUCAUCACUAAACUGUAUUCCAUGGUGGACGAUGAUGAAACCAAGGACCUCAUUACUUGGACAGGCGCUGGGGACCAGUUUACCGUCUUCAACAAUGUUGAUUUUUCACGAAAUGUAUUGCCGCGUUAUUUCAAGCACUGCAACUGGUCCAGCUUUGUACGUCAAUUGAACAUGUAUGACUUUCACAAAGUCAAUGAGCAAAACGACGAUGACAACUUCAAUGUCAACAACAACAGUGACAGCAACAGUAGUGGCCUUGAAAACGAUAACAUGGUUCAGAGAUGGGACUUUAAGCAUCCUUGGUUCACAAAAGCUGGAUAUGACAGACUACAUAAGAUACGCAGAAAGCCGCCAAGAAACAGACUGAUACCUCAGAUGAGAUAUUCUAAUGCAAUGGAGCUGAUAGAUGAUGGUCCUGAGCUGGUGUCAGAUAGUGCACCGAGCACGUCCACACCAUCUCCGUACACACCCAGCCAGUUUGCAGCGGCAUCCUCCUCCAGCUCAGCGUCUACGUCUAUGGAAGCUGACAGUGUCCAGUAUCUCGUUACCCAGUUGCAUGACACGACCAAGAACUUUGAAUCAAAAUUGGACUACACUUGCAAUGAAAUUUUGUAUUUACGAUCUGUGGUUGACAGUCAACAGAUGGUAUUGAAUGAACUGUACAAUUCAGUCGAGUACCUAAAGUCAAGACAGAUGCAAAAGGAGGCCGAUGGUGGUUUCAACAAUGCUAGCAGCAGCAACCAUAUGAAUGGCGAGGGGGCUAGAAAGCCCAGGAAGAUUCAUGAGUUGCUUGGGAUCAAUCAUGAAGCACAACGUUUGCCGCAGCUUCAACAACAGCAGCAGGCCCAACAGCAUCAGGCCCAGCAGCACCAGAUUCAGCAGCAACAACCACAACAACCACAACAACCACAACAACCACAACAUCAGGAACCAUACGCCAGACACAAUAACAGCCGCUUUGCUCGCCCAUCUCAUAAUCACCUUGAAGAUAACAAAGACGAUGAUUAUAACGAAUACGAUGAUUAUGAUGAUAGGCCGCACGGUAGGCACAAAAGACGUUCACUGAUUGAAAAAUAG